GAUGCGGCGCGGUGCGAUGCGAUGCGUCGCGACGCUCGGCGCCACGGCCUCCCUCAGUUAGCCCUGCGCCGUACGGGCGACGACCACGAGGGAAGAGGAAGCGCCGCCGCUUCUCGCCGUCGUGCGAGCCGACGCGACGCGACGACGAGCGCCCGUCCGUCCGUCGAGAGCUUUAGUCCGCGUCCGCACGUCGACUGAAACACGCGACCUACGUCCACCCGGUCCACCCGGUGUAGUGUGCGCGGCUUCCCUCCUUCCUCUUGUUGUUUAAACUCCUCUUGAAGGAACGGCCAAUUCUAUCGGAUCGGAUAACAGAGUCUUUUCGUUUCCUUACCAUUCUCCUUUUUUGUCUCUCUCUCUCUCUCUCUCUCUCUCUCUCUCUCUCUCUCUCUCUCUCUCUCAUUGUCUCUUGUCGUCUUAUUCGUGUCAGUUAUCUGAUAGUACUUCUCCUGCUCCUUCGACAGAUGCUUCGCGAUCCUUUCUAAGAUAUAUGAAAGGGAGGAUGUUUCGAGCGCGUGGAAGGAAGAUUAAGACCGCCGGAAAUUCGGGAUGUAAUAUCCGGCGGCCCUAGUUACACAUAGUGUACGCUAGUCAGCUUUCCUGCCUUCAAAGUUGGAGCAGCUUCAAUACCGUAACGAAGAACGCUCACUUUUGGAUUCAACGAUUUUGAUCGAAGAAUCAGCUCAACGAAGGUCUCUAGAGUGCUCGCUGCCAAACGCACCGACAAAAAGUACAAGAUUCGUUGCCAAAUUUCUCUAUGUGACAACUACCGCCGUCAUCACUUCAAAUUUAUUCCUCUUACAAAAGCUUUAGAAUGCGCUAACAAAAUAACUUCAUCACUACAAUUACCAGAUUUCUAACGAGAUUUCCGUAAGAAUCUCGUGAGGUUGAAAGUACAGAGGAGUUUACUUCGCGAGAAGGUAAAGAGGGACACAAUGAAGAGACUUGUCUUCAACGGGACAAAGUGAUCUUCGAAGAAACGAAGAAGCGAAGACAAACGAAGAAGCUUUGGGUUAGAUCGGGCGAAUCGGGCCGGCGACGGGCCUGAUCGGUGUGAUGGUCUCGGGGUGGUGCCCGUGCGUGCCACUGGGGCGUCGGCAAUCGCCGGCCCAGCAGCAACAGCAACAGCAACAACAACCACCAUCGUCGUCCAGGGCGCCGUUCACCGUCAGCGGCGCGACCGAUCGUGCGGACAUGGUGCAGAUGUUCUACUAUGAGAACCGUGGCAAGUGUUGCAAGAAGCUGCUCAGAUACAAUGGAUAUCCGAAUAAGGUCCUUUUGUUCCCUGAGGAGGGCUGGGCGAGAAGCGCAAGUAGUUCCUACUGGACUCUGACGCCAUUCUGGUGGAGCCGGAGCCGGUGUAAGGUCGUUGAAGUCGCUGGAACAAGAAGGUAUAGUACUCAGGCGAAGAUGGUAGACACGGGUACGGGCACGCUUUAUAUUAUCGGUUCAUUCAAGAGGAUGACUACUGAUCCCGAUUUCAAGCUGUACCUGACGUCGAACGUCUCGUCGAGCGACUUCAACAUGGGCUACAGUAUGACAGGCACACUGGAGCGCGGCUGCAAGAAGACCAACUCCUUCCAGAUGACCCACUUCGCGGUGAUACGGCGACGGGACUAUGAGAAGGCGUACGAAGACCCAAAUCCCACCUAGUGUCCGUCCACACCCACGCUCUCCGAGUGUGGGGAUUGCGAGCAUUACACGUAGCUGGGGGAGCAAAGGGCCGCCAAGAGAAGCGAGAUGCACUUCGCAUUUGCGCUGGAGGGAGUGAAUCCGCCGCUGGAUGGAUCAUCGGGAAGGAAUCGCUACUUAGUGCGAAAUCGAUCACAAAAUCCCGAAGCUCCUGGUGGCAGGUCGGCUCAACGAAGGUAUCCUCGAGGAGAUAGCGUUCGAUCGCGGAUCGCCUGUGAUCGAGAAUCUCUUAGAGAAAUAUGUGUACAUUAGACCGCUAAAUCCUGUUUGCGUUUCUCGUUUACUGCAAAACUUCUAAAAGGAAUGUUGAAGACAGAAAAUAAAUGUGCAUAGACAAAAGCUAAAACGUCAUUAGAAAGUGAAAAAUACGAAGGGAAAGUGGAAGUAAAGAGAUAGUAGAAGAAUAAAUAGAAAAGAAAGGCUAACACUGCGAUUCUAUAUUGAAUUAUCUACAUUUCUCUUUUAAGACAUCAGGAUGAGAGAUAAUCAAGAUAAAGUGUGAAGAAGGAAACUUUAAUUCACAUAGAAUCAACAUUAGCUCGUGAUAAUAAGAGAUCAUGGAGAUGAAAGGUAGAAGAUCAAGAUAAAGGAUUAUGAAGAAAAAGGAAU